AUGGGGCUAACUGGUACGUUGGUUGCUCAAAUAGAGUUCAAGCAUGGAGGAGAUGUAUUUCAUGACCUCUUCAAGCACAAACCACACCACAUAUCCCACAAAAUACCCAAGUUAGUACAAGGUUGUGAUCUCCAUGAAGGGGAAUAUGGAAAGGUUGGCUCCAAAAUUUGCUGGAGGUACACCCAUGAUGGAAAGGAAAAGAGAGCUAAGCAGGUGAUUGAAGCCAUAGAGGAGGAAAAUAAAUUAAUCAAAUACAAGAUGCUUGAAGGAGAUUUGAUGGAAGAGUUCAAGGACUUCAUUAUAACUAUUCAUGUUGAAACCAAAGGUAUCAUAGACAUGAUCACAUGGACUUUGGAGUAUGAGAUGCUGAAUGAAGAUGUGAAACAUCCAAUCUCUUUGCUGGCUUACUUCAUUGAAGUCACAAAAGAUAUUGAGACAAGUUAUUGA